GAUAUAAGUAUAGGUAUGUACUUCUUUGCUAAUUUCCACAAAUGUUUCAAGGAAUAAUAUGAAUAAUGACACCAACUGUAAUUUACAUAAGUAGAAUGGAGGAUAGAUAGAACUGACUGCUUUGGGGCAGCCUCACAAAUCGUAGCAAUUCAUUCUAUUUAUACAGGGUAGACAGUUGUUCAUCCUGACAGUGAAACACUGCUGAUAAGUUACUUUAUUUCCUCUAUACCUCUUGAUGGGAAAGAGGCUGCUUUUUGAGAGUUCAGGAAGUUGUAGAUUUGGUGCAUAUUUCAUAUUUCCUCUAAAAGUAGUAAAAUGACUGAGGUCAAGUGUAUACCUAACUAGGCAGUUACAUGUCCAAAUGUAUGUCAUGUUAAAGAGGACAGCUUUUCUUCUUUUUCUAACCUGAAUCUGGCCACUUUUGAAUAUCCUUAAUUCAGAUUGGCAUUGGCCUGUUUCCAGGGAUUUGGAUUAGCCUGGGGUUUUCUGUAGUUUCAGAUUGUACCAGUUGUGAUUGAUUUUCUUCUUACCUUUUAGGGUUUAUGCGAUUCAUUGGGCCCAGGCUACCCUUAACCUUUCCAUUUCAGAUCAGGUCACUGUUGCUAUAGAAAACCAUACAGAAUUCCUGCUUGGGACAAGAGUAGGAAGAGGCAAGACUGAAUGAAUGGUCCUCUGCAUGGACACCACUCACUCCUGAGGCUGCUGGCAGCAUGCACCCUCGUCCUGCCUCACUCUUUAGCAGCUAGUGUGAACGUGAAGAAUUGAGAAAUAUAGUGAUCACAUCAGUGUGUAUUCAUUCUGGUAAUGGUAACUCGGGAUUUGAAGGACAGAGUCGCUAUGUACCAUCUUCUGGAAUGUCUGCCAAGGAACUCUGUGAAAAUGAUGACCUAGCAACCAGUUUGGUUCUUGAUCCCUAUUUAGGUUUUCAAACACACAAAAUGAAUACUAGCGCCUUUCCUUCGAGGAGCUCAAGGCAUUUUUCAAAAUCUGACAGUUUUUCUCACAACAACCCUGUGAGAUUUCGGCCUAUUAAAGGAAGACAGGAAGAACUAAAGGAAGUAAUUGAACGUUUUAAGAAAGAUGAACACUUGGAGAAAGCCUUCAAAUGUUUGACUUCAGGCGAAUGGGCACGGCACUAUUUUCUCAACAAGAAUAAAAUGCAGGAGAAAUUAUUCAAAGAACAUGUAUUUAUUUAUUUGCGAAUGUUUGCAACUGACAGUGGAUUUGAAAUAUUGCCAUGUAAUAGAUACUCAUCAGAACAAAAUGGAGCCAAAAUAGUUGCAACAAAAGAGUGGAAACGAAAUGACAAAAUAGAAUUACUGGUGGGUUGUAUUGCCGAACUUUCAGAAAUUGAGGAGAACAUGCUACUUAGACAUGGAGAAAACGACUUCAGUGUCAUGUAUUCCACAAGGAAAAACUGUGCUCAACUCUGGCUGGGUCCUGCUGCGUUUAUAAACCAUGAUUGCAGACCUAAUUGUAAGUUUGUGUCUACUGGUCGAGAUACAGCAUGUGUGAAGGCUCUAAGAGACAUUGAACCUGGAGAAGAAAUUUCUUGUUAUUAUGGAGAUGGGUUCUUUGGAGAAAAUAAUGAGUUCUGCGAGUGUUACACUUGCGAAAGACGGGGAACUGGUGCUUUUAAAUCCAGAGUGGGACUGCCUGCGCCUGCUCCUGUUAUCAAUAGCAAAUAUGGACUCAGAGAAACAGAUAAACGUUUAAAUAGGCUUAAAAAGUUAGGUGACAGCAGCAAAAAUUCAGACAGUCAAUCUGUCAGCUCUAACACUGAUGCAGAUACCACUCAGGAAAAAAACAAUGCAACUUCUAACCGAAAAUCUUCAGUUGGCGUAAAAAAGAAUAGCAAGAGCAGAACGUUAACGAGGCAAUCUAUGUCAAGAAUUCCAGCUUCUUCCAACUCUACCUCAUCUAAGCUUACUCAUAUAAAUAAUUCCAGGGUACCAAAGAAACUGAAGAAGCCUGCAAAGCCUUUACUUUCAAAGAUAAAAUUGAGAAAUCAUUGCAAGCGGCUGGAGCAAAAGAAUGCUUCAAGAAAACUCGAAAUGGGAAACUUAGUACUGAAAGAGCCUAAAGUAGUUCUAUAUAAAAAUUUGCCCAUUAAAAAAGAUAAGGAGCCAGAGGGACCAGCCCAAGCCGCAGUUGCCAGCGGGUGCUUGACUAGACACGCGGCGAGAGAACACAGACAGAAUCCUGUGAGAGGUGCUCAUUCGCAGGGGGAGAGCUCACCCUGCACCUACAUAACUCGGCGGUCAGUGAGGACAAGAACAAAUCUGAAGGAGGCCUCUGACAUCAAGCUUGAACCAAAUACGUUGGAUGGCUAUAAAAGCAGUGUGACGGAACCUUGCCCCGACAGUGGUGAACAGCCACAGCCAUCUCCCAUGGUGCAGGAGGAAGAACUGGUUCAUGAGACUGCACAAAAGGGGGAGGCAAAGUGUCAUAAGAGUGACAUAGGCAUGUCCAAAAAGAAGUCACGACAAGGGAAACUUGUGAAACAGUUUGCGAAAAUAGAGGAAUCUACUCCAGUGCACGAUUCUCCUGGAAAAGACGACGCGGUACCAGAUUUGAUGGGGCCCCACGCUGACCAGGGUGAGCACAGUGGCACUGUGGGCGUGCCCGUGAGCUACACAGACUGUGCUCCUUCACCCGUCGGUUGUUCAGUUGUGACAUCAGAUAGCUUCAAAACAAAAGACAGCUUUAGAACUGCAAAAAGUAAAAAGAAGAGGCGAAUCACAAGGUAUGACGCACAGUUAAUCCUAGAAAAUAACUCUGGGAUUCCCAAAUUGACUCUUCGUAGGCGUCAUGAUAGCAGCAGCAAGACAAAUGACCAAGAGAAUGAUGGAAUGAAUUCUUCAAAAAUAAGCAUCAAGUUAAGCAAAGACCAUGACAACGAUAACAAUCUCUAUGUAGCAAAGCUUAAUAAUGGAUUUAACUCAGGAUCAGGCAGUAGUUCCACAAAAUUAAAAAUCCAGCUAAAACGAGAUGAGGAAAAUAGGGGGUCUUACACAGAGGGGCUUCAUGAAAAUGGGGUGUGCUGCAGUGAUCCUCUUUCUCUCUUGGAGUCUCGAAUGGAGGUGGAUGACUAUAGUCAGUAUGAGGAAGAAAGUACAGAUGAUUCCUCCUCUUCUGAGGGCGAUGAAGAGGAGGAUGACUAUGAUGAUGACUUUGAAGACGAUUUUAUUCCUCUUCCUCCAGCUAAGCGAUUGAGGUUAAUAGUUGGAAAAGACUCUAUAGAUAUUGACAUUUCUUCAAGGAGAAGAGAAGAUCAGUCUUUAAGGCUUAAUGCCUAAGCUCUUGGUCUUAACUUGACCUGCGAUAACUACUUUAAAGAAAUAAACAAUUCCAGUCAAUUAUUCCUCAACUGAAAGUUUAGUGGCAGCACUUCUAUUGUCCCUUCACUUAUCAGCAUACUAUUGUAGAAAGUGUACAGCAUACUGACUCAAUUCUGAGGUCUGAUUUGUGCAAAUUUUUAUCGUACUUUUUAAAUAGCCUUCUUACGUGCAAUUCUGAGUUAGAGGUAAAGCCCUGUUGUGAAAUAAAGGCUCAAGCAAAAUUGUACAGUGAUAGCAACUUUCCACACAGGACGUUGAAAACAGUAAUGUGGCUACACAGUUUUUUUAACUGUAAGAGCAUCAGCUGGCUCUUUAAUAUAUGACUAAACAAUAAUUUAAAACAAAUCAUAGUAGCAGCAUAUUAAGGGUUUCUAGUAUGCUAAUAUCACCAGCAAUGAUCUUUGGCUUUUUGAUUUAUUUGCUAGAUGUUUCCCCCUUGGAGUUUUGUCAGUUUCACACUGUUUGCUGGCCCAGGUGUACUGUUUGUGGCCUUUGUUAAUAUCGCAAACCAUUGGUUGGGAGUCAGAUUGGUUUCUUAAAAAAAAAAAAAAAAAAAAAUACAA